AUGACUUCAUCACUGCAGCAUCUAGGAGCAUUACGAGUGGCGAAGAAUUACACAAAGGGGUAUACGGACACACAGACAAAAGUCCGAGAAGCAACAAGUAACGAUCCAUGGGGUCCAUCGGGUACUCAGAUGAAUGAGAUCGCUCAGUUGACAUACAAUCAGAACGACUUUGUGGAGGUUAUGGAGAUGAUGGACAAGAGGUUAAAUGAUAAAGGCAAGAAUUGGCGACAUGUCUUCAAAGCUUUGACCUUACUUGAUUAUUGUCUGCAUGCGGGGUCAGAAAACGUUGUCAUUUACUUUCGCGAUAAUAUUUACGUUGUCAAGACGUUGAAAGAGUUUGUCUAUGUGGACGAACAUGGGAAAGAUGUCGGAUCCAAUGUUCGACAAAAAGCGAAGGAUAUUACCAACUUGUUACAGGAUGAAGAACGACUCCGAGCUGAAAGACGAUCACGAGGAGCUAUGCGAGAUCGGAUGUUGGGUAACUUAGCGGACUCUGGUUUACAGGGUGAAGAGGAUUAUGGUGGUCCACGAAGUCCACCUCAAUCGAGACCACCUGCUAAGAAAUCAAGAGAUGAAGAUGACGAUCUGCGGAAAGCUAUCGAAGAGUCUAAACGGAUGCAAGAGGAGGAAGCCCGGAAUCGGAGUCGGCGGACUCAAGAAGAGGAUGAGUUACAAAGAGCUUUACGACUGUCAGAGGAGGAAGAAGCCAGAAGGAAACGGGAGUUGGAGACGGCCAACGCCAAUGCGUUGUUUGAUGAUAGUGUUAACCUCGCUUCCAAUAACCAAUAUCAACAACAACAACAGACAGGUUAUCCUCUCGUUGAUCUCGGUUAUGGACAACAAGGACAACUUCAACCACAAUAUACAUCCUACAAUCCCUUUCACGCUCAAAUGUUGCAGCAACAGCAGCAGCAGCAGCAGGAAGAAUUAUUACGUCAACAAAUGCUCGCUGAACAACAACGGCAGCAGCAGGAAUGGAUGCAACAGCAGCUUUACCUUCAGCAACAACAACAGCAGCAGCAGCAACAACAGCAGCAAUACCAGCAAUCCCUAUUCGCACAACCCACAGGAUACGGCUCCAAUAAUCCUUUCGCCCCUGGACAGUCCCAACAACCUCAACAGCAGCAACAAACUCCUCAACAAACUCAAUCGUUCCUUCCCGUCCCAGUUGUCAACCAGCAACAAUCCAGUCCCCAACAACCAUCUCCAGCUCCCACACCAACACCUUCAUUCCAGCCUCCGAGAAGGGACGACGGGCAACAUGCACAUCUCGCAAACUUGCUCGCUCGAGGGAGGGAAGAUGGAUUGGACACUUUUGGCAAUGUUGGCAAUCUGCGUAUACCUGUUGGAACUGGAUUCCACGCUUCAAACGCACUUGCAGUGCAGCAAACUGGUUUUGGAGGUAACAAUCCAUUCGGACAGCAACAAAAGCAGAACGAGCAACCUUUCUUCUCUAUCUAA